GAUCGCCAGUCAAACAGAUCAGACUGAAACGUAACUGCGCAAUGGACUUUUAUUAUUUGCCAGCUUCGCCUCCCUGUCGUGCCGUUCUCAUGGUGGCCAAGGCCGUGGGCGUUGAGUUGAAUAAGAAGCUGCUGAAUACCUUGGCAGGUGAGCAGCUGACGCCUGAAUUUGUGAAGAUCAAUCCACAGCAUACGAUUCCCACUCUGGUGGACAAUGGCUUCUCCAUCUGGGAGUCGCGUGCCAUUCUCGUCUACCUCGUGGAGCAGUACGGCAAGGAUGACUCACUCUAUCCCAAGGAUCCACAGAAGCGAGCUUUGAUCAAUCAGCGGCUCUACUUUGACAUGGGCACACUGAUACACAGCUUCGCCGACUAUUACUAUCCGCAGUUCCUUAAAAAUGCGCCUGCAGAUCCAGCCAAGUUUGCUAAGAUGGAAACAGCCUUUGAGUUUCUCAAUACAUUCCUAGAAGGUCAGAAGUUUGUGGCUGGCGAUACUCUGACAGUGGCCGACUUUUCCAUUGUGGCCACAGUUUCCACAUUUGUUGUGGCAGACUUUGAUAUUACCAAAUACCCAAAUGUGACCAGAUGGUAUGAGGCCGUUCAGAAGGUAAUACCCGGCUGGGAUGAGGGCUUGGAUGCAAUGAAAGAAUGGAUUGCAGAGAAACGCAAAGAAAAUGCAACUAAGUAAAAUAUAAUGAUUCUGUAAAUUUUCAAACUAU